AGACGCUCAUUUCUCUCCAGUCACGCUGCAACUGCGACUCACCCAACUCCAUCACAUCCACCUCUCUGCCUCGGACUUUUUUCAAGAAGCUCUGCGAUCAAUUCGCUCAUCCCGCAGAAUAACUGGCGUUAGGACGCUAAAAGCUCUCCAGAAACCGUUCAUUUGAUCACUUUAUUUGGCGUUUCUUUCAUUCAAUGGGUCCGUGUGUGGUGCUGCUCUGCUCUCUGUUCGGAGUUCUCCUUGGUCAAGGUAAGUUACCUUCCUCUGUGUAUUUGCAUUUACAGUGAGUGUGUCGUAUUUUUUAUCAUAAAAGCCAAACCAAACCAGACAGGAGCAUUGCUAUCCAAUAAGGGUGUUUGAGAGUAUAACAUUGCAAAGUAACUUUUUUUUUUUGUCAAGAUGGAGUCAAACUGGCAGAGAGUGAGACCCAGGGAGGUGAUGAAUGUGCCACAGGACUAGUUGGGGCAUGUGAUGAAAGUGAGGUUCAUAGAGUUAGCUGCUUCAAAGAGUUGCAGGUCUGUCCUGAAAUGAAACAUGGAUCAAAUUUCUGAUUCAUGAACAUAUACAUGAGUUUUGCCAUUUCAGCUGUUACUUGAGUUUCCUUUUUUUCUAUGAGGUAAUUCUAGGUACAGUAAAUUUUAACAACUAAAAGUGUUUGAACUGUGCUGUGGUCGGACAAAUUAAGAUUUUGACUUAAAAACAUCCACCAAAAAGUUCAAAAUCAUGUCUACAGACAGCCUUGUCAGUGUGCCUGACAUCGGCAAUAUCAUUUGUGAUACCGGCUUUAUAUAUCGGCUAUUGGCUGACCUGCUCUGUAAAUAUCGGCAUUGGUAUAGGAUGUUGAAAAACCUUUAUCAGUCAACUAGUGAUACAAAAAUAAUUGUAGGAUGUGUGUAGAAUUGUUCCAAUAUUAACAGAGGUACCAGUAUUAGCUAAGUACUGGGCAUAGGCUAGAAUAUCCCAGCGCACCAGCUCUUAACCAGAAACAAUUCACCCCACCCAAACUGUUGUUUGGUAGUCAAUAAUGUAAUGUUUUGCCACCAGUAUUGUGAACAUUAUUCAAUUUAAUAUUUGAUUGCACAAGUGUUUCCAAUACUUUGCACGAGCUAUUGACAAAAACUGUAAUUCUAGGAACAGUAAAUGUUAACAACUUAAAGUGUUUGAACUGUACUGUGGUCGAAUGAAUUUAGAUUUUGACUUAAAAAUAUCCACCAAAAAGUUAAUAAUUCUUUCUUUUUGUGUUUUUAAGUCAUUGCUAGGAUGUACACAAAGGAAUCAGACACUAUUAAGAGUGUUAUAAAGUAGUUUCCCAGUAGGUGUGUGUCAGAGAUUCAGCUACCCAUGAUGUCUUACUUUCUGAAAGUCAAAGGCCAAGUGCCUUGGUAUGCUUGGAUGCUGUAGAGGAACAACCAGGGUCUCACCAAGAGAGUCAGAGGAGUGUGAUUUAUGCUGAAACCUCCGCAGCAGGGUCAACGAGGCAUACUAUGAGCCAUAUCCAAACCCUUAUUGCCUCCGUGAACACACAUGGGACAGUUUUCACAGUCAGCAGGACAGCUUUUCUUUACGCUGCCUUCUUUGGUGAGAGUUAUGUCACAGGUCGACUUUCAGCCCAACCAGCUACAUGACAUUAGAAAACCAAACUAUGUAGACAGAUAGUGGGCUGGUACCAAUACCUAUGUUAAUAUUAAUUAAUAUUAGGGGUGGGAGAAAAAAUCGAUAGAGCAUAGUAUCACGAUAUUUUGUCUGGUGAUAUAUCAUAUCGUCUCAUUAACCAAGUAUCGAUUUUUUUGAAUUAAUUGUUAAUAUGAAGUCAAAUCUAUAAUAAUGGAAAAAUAAAAUCAACUGUUUGUCCAGUGAGAUUGGCAGAGGGGACAUCAUAGAGCAGGAGAAAGUUAGUACAACAAUAUAUAAGGUUUGCAGGAUGUGCUACAUGAAAAUAAAAUACAGCGUAAAUAAGACAAACAUAAAGGAAAGACAAAUGCUAAAUUCGCUAAACAGUUGGAAAAAUUGUAUAAAUCACAAUAUAUUGUAUCGCAACACUCACUGUAUCGCAAAAUGUUAAAAAUCGCAACAAUAUCAUAUUGUGGCCCAAGUAUCGUGAUAAUAUCGUAUCGUGGGGCCACUGGUGAUUCCCAACCCCAAUUAAUAUGGCAUUUUGAAAUGGCAUUGGUCAACAUCUUACCUCAUGAGGCCAAUCAAAAAUCAUGUCUACAGACAGCCUUGUCAGUGUGGUGGACAUCGGCAAUAUCAUUUGUGAUAUUGGCUUUAUAUAUCGGCUAUUGGCUGACCUGCUCUGUAAAUAUUGGCAUUGGUAUAGGCUGUGCAAAAACCUUUAUUGGUCAACUAGUAAUCAAAGUCAGGACACAAAAAUAAUCAUAGGAUGGGUGUAGAAUUGUUCCAAUAUUAACAGAGGUACCAGUAUCAGCUAAGUACUGGGCUUGUGCUAGAAUAUCUGUCACUCAGUGCACCAGCUCUUUACCAGAAAAGGUGCGGUUUGGUAGUUUGGUAGUCAAUAAUGUAAUGUUUUGCCACCAGUAUUGUGAACAUUAUUUUAUAUUUAAUUGCACAAGUGUUUCCAAUACUUUGCACCAGCUAUUGACCAGUCAUUGAAAAACAACAACAACAUCUGAGCACCUCUUCAUGGCAGAUAAACAGGACUUUUAUUUCACCAGGACUGACAGAUCCCUCUGAAUAAAAGCCUGGAGUGCAGGGAGCCUGUGAGAGAGACGCACACUGCUGUUGUGAUAUCUGGCUAAGGCUAACUGCUCUCUCUAGGCGGAGCUCCACCACUGGGAUCAUUAAGUCUUGUUUACAUGAGGCGUCUAGACGCUGGCAAGCCAUGUGCUGCUUAGCCGAGACAGAAUGGCCCUCACAACCAGCAUCGCCAUCCAAGAUGGAAAUCAGUCCUCUCCUCACAGACAAUACAUCACAGAGAACCAUAGCAGACUCUAUCUAGACAGGGACAUGGCUGUGCCUGGCUUACUUCUGCAGAUAAAACAACACCACACAGCGUAAAAGGUCCUUCUGCUCUUUCAAUUUAGGUUUUCAGAGCAGCAGACAGUGGUGGCGUCUGUGAUUCCUAGUGGGUUGGAGUUGGUGAUCAGCUAGAGGAGAGCUACAUUUAGGAGAAAGGAUGACAGAAAAGUGGGAGUAGUGGCAGACUGAGACCAACCUUUCCUGUUAUUUAGCACCAACAUGCUGCAUCCUCAGCAGGACAGACUUAAAAAAAAACAUUUCUGUGUUCUUCAUCUGCAUGUUACUAUUACUCCUCUCUAUUGUAAUUCAAAUUGUGUUUAUUCAGGCAAAGAAAUCAUUAUAUUUGUCCAAGUACUGAUGCCAAAAUCUGAAAUACUACUUAAAAAACAGAUCAGCAAGUACUUAAGUAAAUGGACAGAAUUAAUACCAGUAAUUACCAGCACUCCCAAAACUCAUUUUCCCCUCUUCUCUGCAUCUAAAAUCUCUGAAAUCACCAAUCCGAUACAAGCAGUCCAUUCUCGACUCCACUCCCACACUUCUAUCUAGCAGUGCCGGGAUCCAGCAUGCAGAGCCCAUGUGAUCACAACAACUGUGUGUACUAAGGUACUAACAAAGUAGCAAAGAGUAGGGUUGAUGUCGGCCGUGCUGCAGUAUUUUUUUGUUGAAGUCCAAAAAAGUUGUUGCAUCUGAUUGCAAAACUUGUCAUGUGCAAGUUUGUGCCAAUAUCGAAUCAAUAUCGGUAUCUGCCAUUACUGAAGGCUUCAAUAUCAGUAUCGUAUUGGCAGUAAAAGAGUUGUAUCAGGACACCCUUAGAGUCAGGACAUACAUCCAAACAGGGUUCGGAUUAUAGCCUCUGGUUCUCGCUUUACAGUAGUAGUUUUUAUUAACUUUCUACAUCAGGUGAGAAAGCUAAGUCACCACUGAAUAAUGCUAAAGUAGGAGUAGCACAUUCAGGAUCUGGGAAGAAAAGAGAUUUUUGGCCAUCUCCUGUAAGCAUGUAUAGACAAGACAAGAAACCUUGACAAGAUGAGCACCCUGUUUGCUCACAGUUGGCUCUUCUUGUCAGUGACGCCUCUAUUUGACACUGUUAUUGCAUUUUUAUAUCUGUAUCAACUUACUCUUUAAGUACCAUAUUUUGGGGCUUACUGACAGAUUGAGAGACAAACAGAGAGACAACCUGCUUGGUAGGCCUAUGCAAAAGCUUUUAAAGGACCAUCUCAUUUCAUCCAGCUGCUACAAGGUUUAUAGGCCAGUGGAUUCUGGGAUAUGCCAGACUUCCACAAGUCAGUGGUGAGUCAGCUAAUGUGUCUGUUUAUUGAAUCCUCAGCACAUAUCUGUGCCUCAGCCUUCAUGUAGUUGCAGUGUUUUUUAAGUUUUGUUUUCCUGAGGUCUUCAUUUUUUUCAAAAUUAACAAGGUUUUCUCAGGAAAAACAUCAUUAAUUUCAAUUUACUCAUUCUUAUAUUACGCACAGACUUAGUUCUGGGCUGAAGGGCUGAGUUUAUAGAAGUCUGCAACCAAUUCUGGGAAAUUGAAGGUUUUAUCACACUGGUUACACAGUGUUGAGCAAAGUUCAUCAGUGCAGACUGCUAUUUGUGAUGAUAGCUAUUCAAGCUCUUGUGUCAUCUUUAAUUUAAUAGGCGUAAUAAAAUUCCUCCUGUCCCUCUGGGAGAAAGUAGCAAAUCUAUGAAACUGAGGUCUGCUCUUCCAGAAACUUGUCCUCCCUACGUAAUCUGCAUUUUAUCUGAAGUUGCAAAAUCUUGCCAGACUUUUCACAGCAGACGCUCCAUCUCAAACAGCUGGAUUUGUUCAGUACAUUUCACAAUCACUCUUCCUAUUAAUUCAGAGGGUUGAGUCAGUAACCAGCAACAAUUGGUAUUGUAUUACGGUGAAUCAACAGAAUGUACUUCACGUGGAGUUUGUUUUCGCUUCUAUUUAUUCCAAGUACUUGUUGUUGAAAACAAAUCAACAUACUGAUCCUGGUCUGAGCCAGAGGCUAAAAAAAGGAAAAUUUCAGGAACCGAUCUGCCAAAGCUAUUUCACGUUUGGCAGAUCUCACAAAAACCACAGGCGGAUGAGUGUAGUCGAUGUGUUUGCAACGGUUGAUUGUUUACAGAGUCGAGACAUUCCACACUCUCUAAUCCACAUGAAUAAACAGCCAGAUUACCACGGAGCUGAUCAUGCUCCAGGCAGAAAGCUUCUCUCGUGUCUGCAACAACAUAUCUAUCAUUCAUUGUCUUUGGCAAAAAUAAUGCCUACAGGCAUUUUAAUUUGCAAGACAGAUUGUGAGUUCAGUUUUUCCAUGCUUAGACUUCAGAUCUUUUUUGAAGACAAUGGUAUGGUGUGUUUUGAUGGGAGUAAAUCUGAUAAUACUUUGUUGGCAAAUUAGUGUCAAUCACACCAUGAUUCAUUUUUGCCAUGGAGAGACCGUGCUUGUCAAAAGAAAAAAAACAAAGUCAACCUAAAAGAGUCAACAAAACCAUAUUGAUCUUAUGUUUUUUGAUUGAACAACCAGAAGAUUUGUUCAACUGAGGCUUAUGCAAUACUCAUAGGCAGCCACACCGAACCUGGACAGCCAUCAACACCUUUACUGACAGUUUCAGUGUAUCACUUGAUCUUACUCUCUUACAUAGCUAUUUAUUUGAAAAAUCAAUAACUUAAAACUAAAUAUUGAUCUGGAAGUUAUCUAAUUGAUUCAAAAUUAUGUUAUUUCUUAUUAAAGACCCAAUACUAGCACAAAGCUGUGCAAUUAUAAAAUGUAAGUCCUCUAGAGACUUUGAUAAGAGCAGCAUCUAAAGGAACUAUCUGUUUCAAUUUUUUUUUCUCUUGACAACAGUCUGUUUUUCAUAGCAACGGUCUGUUCUUCAUAGCAACAGUCUGUUCUUCAUAGCAACGGUCUGUUCUUCAUAGCAACAAUCUGUUCUUAAGAGUAACAGUCUUGUUGGCAAAGCAGCUCCCUGUUCUCUAUUGUAAAGUCUGUACUUAAUAGCAACAGAUUCAUAGCAAGGGUCUGUUCUACAUAGUGUCAAGCUAGUCUUUUUAGUAAGUCAUUCCGUUAUACCGACAGCAUGUUUUACAUUGUCUCUUCUACAUAGCAACAGUCUGCUCUUCAUAACAGUGACCUGUUUCUAUGAGUUAUAAACUUUUUCUUAUUACAUAUCUGUUCGUCAUAGCUACUGUCUGCUAGUAAGAAAUGUCAUAAAGUAAUUCCGUUAUGAACAAAAUCAUUGUUCUGUAAUGGAGAUGUCUUAAAAUCAGCCAAUGACAGAGUAAACUUGUAAAAAAAUGCUCUUAGGUUAUUUAAAAUUGACAAGAAGUUUGUCAUGCAACUACCAUAGUCUCCCUCCUCUUAGCAAUCAGAAAGUAUUCAGGUUUAAGGUAUUAAAAUGUACACAAUGUGUAUGAGUAUUCUAGCUGUUCCUUCAGAAUUCCCCAGUAAAAGAGAAAUAAAUCACUUGUGAAAAAACUGACUUUCUUUUUGUUUGUAAAUGUUUGUAGGAGCGGAACAGAUGUCCAUGGAGGACUGCUGUCAAGACGGCCAGAGGAGGGGCAAUGAUAACCAAGACUGCGCAUCCCUCCCACUUAUCUCGGGGUCAACAACUUGCAUGUGAGCAGGUGUUAUCUACCACUUUUAUGUGAAUUGGAAACCUACAUACCACAAGAUCUGCCUGGUGCUGAUAUAAUAUUUACAUGUCAUUACCUGCUGUACCUUUUGUCACCGUAUUUCAUUUUCACAGAAGCUCCUGCUAUAUAAGCUCUAAGGGAUCUGGCCUAUACCAUUUAUGGGGGAAAUGUCUGUAGGCCCUUAAUAUAGGAUUGCUUUACCUCACUCCCAUAAAUCUCCGGGCGCAUUACUCACUUCAUGUGUGAGUGGGAAGCACUAAUAGUGACUGGGUAAUAACAGGUCUGUGUGUAACCUUAGAAGGUGCACUUCCACAGGUUCAGGACUCAUAGACCAGGCAGGCCUGCUGCUGUGAGCACUGAUGGCAAACAUAUUUACUGUAGCUACCCAAACUUGUCCAAACAUUAGUGACGAUGGCGAAAUAGAGGGAAAGGGCAGAGGAUUGUGGUGAAAGAGGGUCGUUGAAGAGGUUGUUUUAAAACUCAGGAAAUACCUCUGAGGUGAAACGCGACAUAGGGUGACGAUGGAGAGAGCCAAUAACAGGAAAUCUUAACCAUUACUACAGACACUAAAGGGGAAAAGUACAAGAGGACAGAGUAGGUAGAAAAAGAAAAACAGCAGAAAGACUUUGCCCUUAAAAGGUUCUGCAGAGGAGGUGUGUGCUCUGACGUGAACCUGAGAUCCCUGGUAGUUUAUGUGGAAAGAGAUUUCUGGUAAGGGUUGAUAAAGAGGCUUGUUGGAAAUGAGAGAGGAGACGGAGAGGUGAAACUGCAGUGAGGUAGAUCAAGACCAGACAGAAAGAGUCAUGUAUUCUUAACUGAUUGGACUCAAAGAGACAGCAAGUGCUAGACAAUACAAUAAAACUGGAUUAAACUGAGAUAUGAAGACACCGAUAUUACGGUAAUAAUGUGCACAUGUGUUUGGGUGUCCUUUUGCCAAACAUUCCUUUUCAUAUUAGUAAUAUCAGUUUGUGUUUGAUACCUUUGAGAUUAACAUUUUAUGAACUACGUUUGCAAAUAACGCAGGGGUCAAGAUCUGGUUCCAUAUUUCUUACAUUAUAGGGUUCCUCCCUUUAUUCUUAUUGAAAUGUUUAAAGUUACAUCUGAAACAUGUUGGCCUGAAUCCAUUACUUAUCUUCUUACAAGGAUGUACGCAACUGGGAAUGAUAGCCAGUUCCUCUGUAUUUCGUAAGUCAGUGGUUCGUAAGACAGGACUUCCAGGACUGCUUUUUUUGUGCUGGGUGGUUUACAGUCCAGUCAUCCACUUGAGAAGCAAUUAUUUGUCAAGAGGAAAGUGAAAUUCACCUCUUCAAGUGUCUCCAAAAAAUAACCGAAGUCAUUUCUUGGCUUGUUAAAUCGCCCCAGUUUCACAGCAAAUAAUCAGUCACAUGGGGGCUUCACUCUGGCUGUCUUAAGCAGUAUGAACCUGAAAAAGAAACCAAUAUUUAUGUGAUUUAAAAAAAAGUGAUUCAGACUUGUUAACAUCAAGAAUACAAGCUUUUCCAGGUAUGUCUUCAAAAAGAGAAGAAGACAGCUUUCAAAAGAGGCCUAUAGUCCCCCUUUCUUUAUGUUAGGCAGCGAUGCCCGUUGAGUAUCUUUGCUUAAUUUGCAGCUUACUAACCUUAUACUGGCAUCUGUGAAUAUGUAUUUAUAAAGGUAUAUAUAGCUCGAUGUAGGGGUGUCCGAAUCAACUUUUUAACUUCCGAUACGAUACCGAUAUAGUAGCGUUCAGUACUGGCCGAUACUGAUAUUGAUCCGAUAUUAGCACAAACUUGCGCAUGACAAGUUUUGCACUCAGCUGCAACGUCUUUUGCAUGCUGGAUCCAGGUGCUGCUAGCUAGAAGUGCUGGAGCGGAGUCUGGAAUGGACUGCUUGUAUUGGAGUGCUGAUAUCGGAGAUUUUAGAUGCAGGCCGAUAUAAUCCGAUAUUUGUUUUUUGCUGAUAUCAGACUGAUAUCCGAUAUUAGUAUCGUACUAGAACAUCCCUAGCUUGAUGGUGUUACUUUUCACACAACUUUGUAGUCACAAAAGUUAUGCCUUUAGAGAAAAUCAUCUGAGGCUAGCCAUAAGUGCUCACAUUGGCGUAUGUUAGCUGUUGCUAAAUUGCCUGCUGUUACUAUGUUACUUGUAGCUUGAGGUUCUGAUCAAAUUUAGAGUAACUCCAAAUUUCACAGACCGUUGAGACAAAUCUAGCUUGCACUGACCUUUGUUCACAAAGCAGUCAUCAGAACGCAACAAUCAAAGACAGCUACAUUGAUGCCGUUGUUGUCCCAAAAAUAUAAAAUCUUCCUGCUGUUUUUCAUGACUUUCUUUCACAAUAAAGAAAACACCUAUAAGAGACUGUCCAAGUCAAACUUAAUUAAUGAUGCAGAGGAAAAGCCAAGUGGUGAAAUGAAACCCCGGACACUUCCCACACUUAAAUCCAGGCAUAUUAAGAUACUUUUAUGUCUGAUCUGUAACCACAGUUUGAUAACACUCAAAUUCGGAGGAAAACCUUGUAUGACUGUUCUCCAGUGAUGUGACUAACCCCGUGCAAAGUGUACCUACUGGAAACUGUUAGUCACCCAGCUGUUCUCACAGGACAUGGCAUGCUUAUUCUGAGGGAGCGGUUUGUUUUAGCGGUUAUUAUUAUCCCAGUUAUGUCUCUAAAAAGCCACCGUGAAGAAAGCUUGUGGAGGUGGACAUCCUGGGACUGAAAUACCGGUUGAACUCCAUCUGCAGAUGACAGACCUCCGGGAGUGCUGCUCAACCCCGCUUUAAGCUCAGUGCUGCAAAUCACAAUACACCUCCAAUGCUCUCCUCUGAAUUCACGCAGGACUCACUCACCUACUCAUCAAGGCGUUUUCAGCAUGACAACUCUGAGAUCCCCAUCAGGCGUGCCUCAGGCUGAUUUUAAUGGGCUACCCUGUAAGGCAGACUUGUAUCACUGUGGGGGUUAUGGAUGGAGCAGUGGAAAAAAUGCACCACCACCUAUGUGUUGUGGUUUUUCUUGCUGACAGGAUCGUGCAGGAGCAGUGCUGUGUGGCAGUGCUGGAGGAUAACAUGUGCAACACUGGCAUCAACAUGGCCAAAGACCAAGGAGCGUGCGACUCUUUGUUCACCAACACCUGCGAGACCAAGACUAAAAAGGUGUGUUUGUACCGCAUGUGCAUGUGUGUGAGCGCAGAAUAUACAAAGAGCAAAAAGCAGUCCCUGUGUGCAUCCAAACUCUCCUUUAGCUCACCCAUGUUCUGUUUAUCACUCUGCUGGACAGAAAGUUUAGAGGGCAAAUGAUUAAUGGGAAGGAUAGAGUGCAUCUGGGAGUUUUUGUGUAUGUGUGCGUGUGUGUGUGUGCCCCGAGCAGGAUGAGACAUGUCACUCCUGGGAGGAAUGGAGCUUGUUGCUGUCAGAUACAUUAUAAAUUUAGCUUAGACUCCAGGAUCUUACGCAGGCGCACGUCCAAGCACUUUUCAGCCCAUUUAUGUUUUUCUCUCACACUGCCUGUACCCCCCCUUUAUUUUCACAACAUACCUCAUAUCAACACAUCGCACAGAUGAAUGCUUGGCAGAAUAUUGAACGCCUGGGAUGCAAGUUUGUGCGCUUUCUAGAAGGGAUGAGAUAAUCGGCAGAGAGACAUCUUGUCUUUACUUGAUCGGCUCUAAAGUACAGCUGGUGGCUUUUGCUAACAUGUGCCAGACAAUAGAUACAGAAAGAGAGGGGGGUGAUUCAUCUUAUCCUUUUUUAAUUAAAUAAUUGUGCAGUCAGAUCUAUAUGCACAGCUUUACUAUAUUUGCUAACAGCCCUAAAUGAAUUAUGGUACAAGGAAUAAAAAUCCCCUCUAAGGCGGUACAAUUAAUCCUCAUUUCACUGUAAUCAUGAGAGGAGAAUUUGCAGUAAACACAGUCUGGUUUUAUUACAGAAAACAAAAAUAGUUACUCAUUCUGGUGAGCUAUCAGCCACCCUCAGACUCACUGGCAUUUAUUUAUGUUGGCUGCAAAAGGAUGUCAUGCAAACAAGCAUAUUAUAACAUCAAGAUCAACAGACAGGCAUAGAGACAGAAUUUUGACAGUAUACACCUACCAUAGGGCGACCAUACGUCCUCUUUUACCUGAACAUGUCCUCUUUUUGUCCAGACUGUCCGGGGGAGUUUGUAAAAUCCUUCAAAUGUCCAGGGUUUUGUAUGGAAGUUUUGAGUUUGUGUAGCGUGGACUAACUGAGUUAGAAGCAUGUAAAAUACACUCAACACGAUCAAAAAAACCCUCAUAACUUUGCCUGCAACUCCGCCCUGUGUAGUAGAGUCCUCUUUUGGGGGGAUUCAGAAUAUGGUCAACCUACCAUUUUUUUUUUUUUAAUUUGCAGCAUUUAAGCUCAUCAUACCAGUUUUUUUUUCUUUCAUUUUUUUUUAACAAAGUGUUGUUGAACUUGCUCAGAUAUUUACAAAUAUGUAAAUAUUUGUGUGUGCACAGCAAGCGUGUCUCUCUCUAAAGGUAAAAAGACAAAUUUCUACAGGCAUAUCUCAGUUUUCAUUUCAAACAGAUGAAUGUAAAUGUGAAGUGGUUCAUGCAAGCUUAUGCAUGAUGUUUAUACAAAUACAAGCACUGGUAUACAUUUAUAUGAGGUUUGCAUUCAUGUAUCUGAAAAAAUGCUCCUAUUUUAAGUUCAUUUGUCACCUUUAAAUACAAAUUUAAGUUUCUUAUAAGAUCAUAAGUUCAACUUUCAUAAUCAAUAUUAAUUAACAUUAAUUUUAAAGUUAAAACCUGUUGAGGGGCCAAUGCUCUGCCCCCUUCUGCUGCAAUGGAAAAGUUCCCUACGAUCCAAGUCGUAAAAGAUUUUAUCCAAACACAGAACAUCCACAAAGAUCCACAGAUAUCUCCAGAUCUAUGAAGGCUGUGUGGUCUUGCUCAAGUUGUCUGUGAUCCGUCUUACCAUGCAAGAGUAAGGUUGAGAUCCCUCUGUUUUCUCAGGUAACUUAAAUGUAUUUGGUCCAAUUGAUGGGAAUUUAAGCUCCAUUUAGUGAUCCAGAUCGUUUGGCUCAACAGGAAACAGCUCUUUUUGCUCCCAGAUGACUUUAUUGUAGUUUCAGAGCUCGACGCAUUACUGGCAAUAAAGAAAUAAAAUAAAAUAAAAAUUGGUGGAAGACAUAAAAGCUUUGAAUGUCACAUGAGCUGAGAGGUCAUUCAAACGAAGACAUUAUAAGAGCCCAUGAUACCCAGCCAACACAGGAACCCAAUCACAAAAACCUGAGACCAAGGGGACUGCUAUAAAACAUAAGAAGAAUAAAAGGUUUUAAAGAAGACAAAAUCACAUGAGUCUUAAGACGUGAUUUAAAAGCAGUGACUGUUUCUGCACACCUGAUGUCCUCGGGGAGGUCGCUCCAAAGUCAAAGGCCCCUGAUGGAAAAGGCCCUGUCACCUUUAGUUACAAGUCUCGACUUUGGAACAGCAAAACUUCGACUAAAUAAAUGCUCAGCAGGCAGAAAUUACAUACUAACUUGCUGCGUAAUGUUCAGCAGGUAGUGGACAUUGGGUUGGGAGCUUUUUCUACAAAAACCCCCAACUGUUGUGGCGAGAAAUCUCUGGUUAGGGGUUAAAAAAAGCAAGCAGUCGGCUGAAAGAUGCAGAAGAGUAUAUCUCUGUACAGGUUGGUGUAACUACAGAGUCAAAGGACACGUCAUGGAAAAAUUUGACCUGCUCUGAUUUGAGGAACCCUGCUGAUAUGGAAUUUUAAGCAGAUUAAAACCGCUCCCAUCGAAUCAGGGGAGAAACUUCUGUUUGUGAGCGAUUUUUUUCACACAGUUUUCAAACACGCAAAUCCGUCAAACAGAUAAAGCUUCCACUGUUUGCAUUGGAAAGUUUUUAUUCCCAGGAGUUGCUUGAAACGUGGAAAUGUUCUGGGGUAGUGUCAGGUUACACAGAUUUGCACCCACAUAAACUCGACUCAGGCAGAGGAGCUUUAGAGGUCUCAUAUCUGACAGAUUAAAGGCGCUCUUCCAGACGCGUUAUCAUAAAAUCAACCAGAUGCCACACAUGAUUUCUUUUCAGGUAUAUACCCUUAUUGCAAAACUGAAACGCCGACACACCCAUCCCCCACGCUCUGCACUGCUCAUCAUCAUCCCCCUCCCCUUACUUACAUUACCUGGCUGCCAUAAUGAUUGAUGGAGUUUGCUUCUGCCAGAGGGGAUGAUGUCAUCUCAUCACUGUCUGUCAGUCCACAAUCUUACUGACUCUCUGCUUCGACUGUGUGUCUGUCAGUCAGUCUGAAGCCUGUCAGUCAGCUUAGCUUCUCAAUCAUCUUUUCUGCCUGUCUAGUUGAUUGAAAACCCGGAUUUCUGUCUGAGUUACACCCCCUCCAUUUUUCACCGCAUUCUGCCGAGCAGCAUCACCUUUAAAUAUCCUCUUCCUUUGGUUUGGAGGUUUUGUUUCAAGGAUGCAGAACUGGUAUAUCUUUCUUAUGUAAGUCAUGAUGCACCGAUUUCUGUCCCUUCUUCUGCAGAUGUGCUGUGACUGUUGUCUUCUGGGAAAAGCUGCCCAGGAGCAGGGCCUUCCCUGCGACCACAGCCUGUCAGUGGGCUAUCAGUGCGGUCUGGUAUCCAGAGCCUGCUGCGAAUAUGGAACCCAAGACAACCAGACAACAUCUGCGGGACAAACUGAUUGUAGGUGUGAAGGAAACAUGGAAGAAGUAGGCCAAGAAAUCCCAUUUUCUCCUUGAGUUUGUUUGAUUUGAAGAACAUUUUCUCUUUAAGAUGGAGAAAUAAAUGAGGUUAAACAGCUAACACUGCUGGAAAUGCAUGACUUUUUGGUCACUGCUUCAAAAAGUUGGCAUCCAUUUCCACUGGUGUUGAUUUACAAACAUCAACUCUGACUCACAAUGGAUUUACAGGGUCUUUGCUUUUUUGUUGUUGCUAUAAUUAUUUCAAGAGGUAGUAAAAAUCCUGCAUACUUGAGUUGAAGCCACAGCUUAAUACUCUUUAACAGUGGCUUUAUGUGUAAAUGUCUAAGUAUCAUAAUAUUAAAAGUUGUAGUAUCAGGACUGCUUUUUAUUGUAAAGCACAGAAAUUAUGUGAUAUAAAGAAACAGUCUGUCUGCUGUUGCAUACAUGCAGUCCUUUCACUUUCAUUGUCGUGUAAUCCUGGUCAAAGUGAUGCCUCUUGUUCUGUACAUGUGUCAACAGUGUUUUCUGACAAAAACCUCAGCCUGUUGUCUUGUUGGUUGAAUUCAUGACUAACUGUGAAGAUUUGCGAGGGAACAAGUGAAACAGGCGGUUUCUUCUAAGCCUGCUGUCUGUCUUUUGGUCAGGGAGUUUCGCAAAUUUGCAAUAUCCUAAUUGCCACUCUUGUUGGUGGUUGUCUUGUUUGCCUUGGCGAGUCUUGAAGAGACAUGAGUAUGUUUUUUAAAUCUGUUAAAAAAUGGGGUUUUAAAAGUUAUGAAGGAGUAAUUCAAAGUGUCAAAGUUGUUGUUGUCAAACAUAGGCCAACACUGCCCCCUAUUGCAAAUAUGUGGUUAUUGCUUUUAGUAUAUUGAACAUUGUAAACCUUUACCAAAAAACUAAUGGUCUUAGUGGAGCUGCUUCGGAAUGUAAAGCAGAUAUACAGUGUGAAAAUGUGAGAAAUAUACUGUGAAUACAAACUUAACCCUUUAGUGCCUCAAACCACAAAUUAUGGCCAGAAAAGCUGAAAUGUUUAUUUAACUUACUACUGAAAAACCAAAAAAUUCAAAAUGUCCUUAAAAUUUAACAAAUAUAUUUAUUUAUCUAAUUUGAUACAUUAGAUGUUUUUCUAAACUGAUAAACCACAACAGGAUAUUUUAUCAUUUAUUAGACUGCAUUCAGGUGUUUUUUUAGUAAUUUGUUGAUCAUAUUGAUUUGAUAGAAGUAUCAUAAGAGUAUGUAUCAAAUAUGAUACAAAAGGCGUUAAAGGGAUAUGUGCAUGUGUUUUUUCUUUACAGUACCAAACCAGGAUGAAACCAAGGAUAAUGGAGAUAACUCUGUACUAAGUGAUGAGUGCAAUGGUAUGAGAGAACUCUGUAUUACAAAAAAAACAACCUUUCUAUGGUUGAAUUGUCAUUUUUUCAGUUACAAACUGUUUUUUGUUUGUUUUUUAAGGGCGAUGUGCUCAUAUCUGUGUGAACAACAACACCUGCGCUUGCUCUAAAGGCUACAAACUCAGGCCGGACGGGAAGAACUGUGAGGGUAAGUCGUCCUCUUCUCAGUUUUCGCAGUUGGAUUGUAAUUUUUUUUUCUUUUUGCUAGUGAAGCCUUAAACUUUGUCUCCACAGAUAUCAACGAGUGUUUGCUGGGAGCCAGUAACUGUCGAGGAGGAGAGCGCUGUAUCAACCUGGAGGGCUCGUUCCGCUGCCAGAGAGAGGUCAGCUGUGGGACCGGCUAUGAGCUCACUGACAACAACAACUGCAUAGGUGCAACAACGGCCCCGAGUUUUCUUCUACUUUUAUCCCUCUGUUUCUAAACAAUGUGUACUCAACGGCUUUUCUCAUGGUGUAACCAGAUAUUGAUGAAUGUGAGACUAAGAUCCAUAACUGCGGACCAGAGUUUGACUGCCAAAACACCCAGGGGUCGUUCCGUUGUCAACCCAAAAAGAAGUGUGGUUCUGGCUAUAUUCAGGACGCCCUUGGCAACUGCAUUGGUAAGCUCCAUGCUACAACAGACAGAGACAUAAUAACUCAAUAUCAGUACUCCAGAAGGUGCAUUUAUUUAAUAGUUCAUUACCUUUUUCUUCAAAUGCAUGAUUAUGACCUGGUGAUUAAAAAAAUGGUCGGUCUACCUCACUUUAAAUCCAGCAUGCUUUGCACAGCAUGGUGGUUGCUUGCUUCUUUUUGCACCAUUCUCUGACUUAAAUACUUUGAUACAAGAAAUAACAUCUCUCUGUAUUUUACACUGAUGUACUAGUUGCUCCAGGAUGUCAUUUGCCUUCUGGGUGACAAAAAAUCUGAUGGAAAAUGCAUCCAUGUAUUCCAGAGAUGCUUCUUACAUCGGUGAACCCUUUUCAGACCAACUUCUGUCCUUUUCCACAACAGAGAUUAACUUAAUGCCAUUUUUUGUUUGUCUGUUUGUUUAGAUAUUAAUGAAUGUGUGAGUCAGACGGGCCCGUGCCAGCGAGGACAGAUCUGCGUGAACACACCUGGCUCUUACACCUGCCAGAGGAACUCUGUAAACUGUGGUCGAGGAUAUCACCUCAACGAAGAAGGCACACGCUGUGUUGGUACGGCUGAAAAAUUGACUUUUAUAAGACAAUCAUGAACAUGGCUUUAGGAAGACCACAUAUUAAUGAGCCAUGACAGUAACAUGUUUCCUGACUGUGAUGAAUGCAGAGAAAAAUAUCAUGCAUACAGUAAGGAUUAAACUAAGACCUAUGUUGUUUUGUAACAUGUGCAUCCCUGCCUAGAUAUUGAUGAGUGUAAAGGCCUUGAGAAGGUCUGUGAGGGUCAUGGUUGUGUCAACCUGGUGGGCUCGUUCCGCUGCGAGUGUGAGCCUGGAUACAUCUUUAACAGCAUCAGCAGGACCUGCGAGGGUAAGAUUGAGAUAGAUAACUCUUAAAGUACUUCUACAAGCAGCUUAAUGUCCUUGAAAGUAAAACAUUCAUCUUUAAAUCUGCAAGUAAAGGUCAACAUGUGCAUAAGAGAAAGAGUCAAACAUUCUCACUGCAGUAUUUUUAAAACUGUGUGCUUUAGAUAUCAAUGAAUGCAGACACUACCCAGGCCGCCUGUGUGCUCAUAAAUGUGAGAACACUCUGGGAUCCUACAAAUGCGGCUGCACCACCGGCUUCAAACUCGCAGCCGACGGCAGGAAUUGCGACGGUAAGACAAAUAUCCUGCAACUUUUGUACAAUAAUGAUAGUAUAAUGGAGUUUCAGAUCUUAUAGGGUGAGUAUUGUCAGUGACUUUAACUGAUGAAGCUCCUGGUCAAAUAACUACAAGAUAAUCAAGCUGUUUUGGCUUGGUUUGUGAAGUGAGAGCAUGCUUCAAGUUUACCAGUACAGUUGUAGCAAUAUCUAUAAUCACUUCACAGUCUGUUCUAUGGCAUUGACACUUCCUUUUGGCCAAAUCUCACUGAAAAAAACAUUAAUUUUAAGUUUGCAUAUAUGUCAAGUUUAAGCUUAAAAAUUGUUUUGUUUUUUUUAUCAGCCUUUCACUAACAUAUUGAUCAAACUUAAUUAAACAGGAUUAAAUGUGAGAAUAAACAAAACAAGACUAAACCUGUUUUGUUAUUCCUUGUGAGAAACAUCGAUUAAAUAAGACGGUUUUUGUUCAAUAGAAGCAACCUUGUGAACCUGGUUUUAUAAAUUGUUGGUUCAGCUCUGAUGGGUUUUCUGAUUAAGUGAAGUUUAAAUUAGAUUUUGGGAAAGUUAUAGAAAAUAUGAAAAGGGAUUCUAACACUUCACCAACAUUUAUACAGAUGAGGGAAGAAAAACUGACUCAUGACACAGGAAACAAAACACCCUCAGAAAAUUAAACUCUUGAUUUUUUAUAGUAUUUUUGGUCAUCUACCAUUUUUCUAUUUUCAUCAUAAAGGUCUUUAAUCAUUUUAUUUGUGUGUGUUUAGAUUUGAAUGAAUGUGAGACAAAUCCAUGCAGUCAAGAGUGUGCCAAUGUGUACGGCUCCUACCAGUGUUAUUGUCGCCGUGGCUACCAGCUGAGUGAUAUUGAUGGCAUGACUUGUGAAGGUAAAAUUGAGCAACUUAAACAGGAAUUAAGAGCUUUACAUUUAAAAAACUAGUUCAUCGUUUGUUUGUGUGAUCCAAAGAACACUGCAACAAUAAUAUGAAAAUGUUUCUCAACACAGUAGAGCAUUUGGAGCACAUGUUUGACGGUUUUGUCUGUCUCUGCAUCAUCUUCAGAUAUCGAUGAGUGUGCUCUCCCCACUGGAGGUCAUAUUUGCUCCUAUCGCUGUCUAAACACUCCUGGUAGCUUCCACUGUUCCUGUCCCGUCAGCGGCUACACUCUGGCACCCAAUGGGCGUAGCUGUCAGGGUAACUCACCUCUGGUGUAAACCAACACCAAGCUUAUACCAACUCAAAUAAAAGUCAUUUUACUAAUAAUUCAAAACGUCUUUUUCCCAUCUUUUUUUUUCUCCUCUUCUAGAUGUCGAUGAAUGCGUGACAGGGACACACACAUGUGCGGAGAAUCAGAGCUGCUUUAAUGUACAGGGAGGAUUCAGGUGUCUGUCCUUUGACUGUCCAAACCACUACAGGCGUGUUGGAGAGACGUGAGUAUGCUGGUUGUUGUCUGAUGUGAUUGAAAAGGAUGCACACUUGAUAAAGUCUAUGGGCGUACGAAGAUUGCAUAGCUCAACAGGGGGAUACGCUGUUUGAGCUGAGCGUCAUCACAGCAACUCUCGGUGACUCUCCCGCCGAGUGCGUACAAAGCUACUGUGCAAUGCUGGUUUCAGGAAAUGGAGAAAAAUCGCAGAAAUACCGAGAGCUUGUUGGCUUCCAAUCAGUAUAGUGGCGGAAGACAGAACCAAGUUGUCCAUAGUAUGUACAGUUUAGUCAUCUAGCCUCAAGUAGACUGACUUAAAAAUGGAACCAUUGGCUCUGUCAAUGCUCAGCUGGGUAGCAGCCUUUUUUCCUCUAUUUACACUAUUUUUCAGUAUCACUGCUGUCAGUUAUUCAUUCGUUCUCUUUCAACAUCGCCCUUCUUUUUGAUUUACAAUAACUGCAGAGUUAUUAAUUAUUUUUCAACAUUUAUCAGCUUAAAAUCCAACACACAAACAACCACAAACAAGUAGGGCUGGGCGAUAAACCGAAAAUUUACAGAUAUCGAAAACCACAAAAUGGCGAUGUCAAAUUCACACUGUAGGCGGGUUAGUGCAGAGCGGCACAGACACAAUAUACAGUGCCAAUGACAAUGUUUGGCUCUACGGCACAACUCCAGCGUGGACCUAAAACUACAGUGAGCCUCAAAGAAAAAAACAGGCUAAACCACACACGUAGGCCACCUAAACUGACCCUUAUUUAUAUAUCUGUAUGGAUCAGAGCUCUGCAUGUCCAGUUUGCACAAAGCUGGAAUGAGUUCAGAGGAGAACUUGGCUGAAGCAUGGUUGACUGUUUUAGAAUGAUAAAAUGCACAUGGAUAUUUUCUGGUUUGCUCAUGCACAGUAGAGGCUGUGUUUGAUCACUCAGUGACAGAACUUCUUGCAUGCUCCCACAGAGGGCACCACGACUGGCCUGUGAAGUUAUUACGCUGCAGACUCAUGUUCCUCCCACUGCAUGCCAUGCACGGCAAAUGAAAUUCACACCUGGUCUCUCUUUCUCUUUUUUUGUGCCUGUUUUGUUCUGUCUCGUUUUGUCCUUCUCGUCCCCCAUCCUCCUCUCUUUGCAGUCGAUGCGAACGCUUGCUUUGCAAUGACUCUUUGGAGUGCCUCACCCUGCCCAUGAGAAUAACCCACUACUACCUCACCUUCCCCACCAACAUCCCCGUCUUCACCAACAUCUUCCGCAUGGGCCCCUCCCACACUGUGGCCGGCGAUGACAUCCAGAUCGCUCUCAUCGCCGGCAACGAGGGCAACUUCUUCAAGACGGAACGAGUGCCCACUGGCGGUGUGAUUUCAGUGGCAAAGCUCAUCAACCAGCCGCAGGACUUUGAGCUGUCCCUGGAGCUGAGCCUGCGUCGUUACGGCACACUCACCACUUACCUCUCUAAAGUGCUCGUGUUUGUCACCCAGGAGGAGCCUAAAGUGCCUUACAAUCCACUACUUGAAUAAACACAAGAGAUAAACAAGGUUAUACAAAUGAUUACACUCUUAAAAAAAAAGAUUUGUCUCUUUAAAUGCACCUACAAAAUUUUUAAGAUUGUCAAAGAAAAAACAGCCAAGAUGACAACAGGUUUGUUCAACAAAUUAGCACAUCAUGUGAUGUAAGUAGAAGCAGAUAAAAUACAUUUUAUACAUCAUAUAAAUACAGUUGUUUUUUUUUUUGCCUAGAUGGAUUUUAAUCUUUAUUUACAGAUAUUUUACUCAUAAAAAUGUAGAAUGUGUACACAGGGGGUCUCGGAUUUUUAGUAUGAGACAUGUCUGCUUUUUGUUUGUAUUAUGGUCAUGGUCUGAUUAGAAUUGACCAAUCAUGUUUCAGCAGGCUUUGGUUGUAUGCAGAAAAAAACUGUCCUUAAGGAGAGCAAAAGCAGGCGAGCCAGCAAGCGUAACACUGACAUCUUGAACCCGUCCGGCAGUAAUCUGACAGCAAUAAAUUGAAACCUUCAUGCAAGUGCAGCAAACAAAUUAUUCUUUAUCUGUAUUUCAAUUUGGGUCAUAAAGCUGCAUUACAAAACCCACAAUGGAUUAUUUUUUAUAUAUGAUGAAUCUGACCUCUGUUCGACCUUUUAAGAGUUUUAAUUUCUUUAUGACACAGAUUGGAGAACGUUUGCUUUUUUUUCUUCUGUUUUUGUUAUUUUGGCAAAUUUAAGAUUGACUUUUCCCACUUGUUGCGUUCAUAUACUUUCCCAUUUAAUCACGUUACAACUGCUUGGUUGUAUAAAAUACUUUCAAUUUCCAAAGGCUGUUUCAGGAUCACAAGGAGGUGCUUUUUUAAUCAGAACAAUAAUUCCACUUGCAAUGAUUGGACUUAUUUACAGUACCAUCCUUUUUUAUGAACAUAUGGGGAAAGAAACCCUCAAAACUAUGAUAAUUGUUUAGUAAUUGUAAAAAGUAAUCACCGAGCACUACUUAACUACCAAAGAGUGGCAUCUCUUCCUAGAGGCGUAUCUUGCCCUGAUUGUCAGAUGAUGAUUGCUGAUGUGUUUCCAGAUUGCAUUAACAGUGAUGGCAGGCGCAUUUAAAUUCACAUUUACAGCUUGUGAUUGUAAUAAGAUCAGAGUUUCUCUCCUUUUUUCUUUCUUCUUUCAGUAAAUUAUGCGAUUAAAUGAGUAGACUGUUUUGACAAACCCUCUGAAUAUUUUUUUUGAGAUGACGCAUCAUUUUUUAAGAGUGUUUUUAAAAGAUAUAAAUCAACACACAAAAUUAGAAGCACAAUUUAAGAUAUCUGGCAUGUUACUCAAUCAACUUUUACAGCCACUUGAAUGUAUCAUCUUGGAGGUAAGGCUUCCUAACAACCACUAGGUGGCGUCCUAGGUCAGCUCAACUGCUGACAUGGUAAAGUCCAGAGUCUGCCUAUGACUGAGUGUAAUUUGAUGAUGGUUGCAUGAUAAAGUCUGACGUUUUUCAGUAUUUUAUGGUUUAUGUGUUGGAUGAACAGUUUUCUAUUAAAACUGAAAUAGAAAUAACACAUGUUCAAGUCAUAUCCAGUUCUUGAUCAUGGUGCAUUGUGGGGUUUUAAUCAAAUGCAGCGAAGGGAGCAGCUGGAAUGCGAGGGGCGAAUCACAUAUGGAGACACGAGGAUUUUCUCACAAAGUUUGAUGGUAUUUUUAUUCAAACAGCAUCGAUGAAGAGGGGAUCAAAGGAUUCAAGCUUUAAAAGUCAGAUUUACAUUCUGAGGUCUUUUCACACGAGGUCUUUACACCCACUUACCAGCCUCUUUUAUUAACUACAUCUGCAGGUGUCAUUGGUUAAAAGUGUUUACCUGCAUGUGUGUUAACUCAGAAUCAAACUAGACAGACUUACAUCGAAAGAGAAACAGCAAAAAUGGUCCUAGUUUUAACAUCUUUGAGUCGAACUCUUGAGUUUCAUGCUAUGAGAGCGUUUACCACAAAUUUGGCGACUUCUAAUGUCUGUCGAGUAAUUCCACACCUCCAUUUUUCUCGUCAAAACUGAGCCUUUUAUGGCAUUCUUCCUCCCACUUCCUAAACAUUGGUUAACAUGCACCACAAAUACAUCUUUCUGUGAAGGAUAUUUUCAUGCACAUCUUCUACCUCCUGUUAUAUUUUAGUUUAAUGUGAAAUGCACAGAUUUCCACUGCAUGCUGCGGGUGUAAACCCCAAAGCAGACAGAUAACCCAAAUGAAGGCUGAGUAAGUGACAUGAGAUGGGAUGCAGUGGCAAAGAAGAAGGAAAUGUGCACCAGCAGGAGAGGGUAUAAAUAGUCUGACAUGCUGCGAGGCUGCUGCCCGAGGGCUGUGGCUUAUAAUAACUGUAAAUUCAGAUGUCGUAGGUUCCUCCUGUCCUGAGCUGUCAGGGCCAGUAAGGAUGCACUCGGUCCCUGGUGGGGAUAUCCUUAAAAUAAGAACAUAGUGGCGCGCUGAAGGUUUUUUCCUCCGCUCUGACAUUGAGUUAUGGGGCUCUGGGCUCUGGCCGGUGGUCUGAACAAUUUGUGGUGCAGCAACAUCACCGCGCACAGAAUGAAUGAUGCCCUGCAGUGUUUGUGUUGGGGCGUUAUCAAUGUGCCGACUAUAAAUAAUAAUUACCAAAAAAAUAAAAGGCCGUACGCUUGACCAGAGGACUUUCAUCCAAAAAGCCUGUUUUUCUUUCUGGUCUGAAAGUAUCAGGGUUUUUCUCCUGGGCCGGGCCACGUGAGGCAUGGAGCAACAAAGAGGACGUGCAUUGGUGCAUGCACAAACAUAUCCACAAGCAUGUUUGCAUGCACAAGAACACACAUGCACAAGUAAACAUUCAUACAGAAGCGUUUAUCUUGCAGAGAUACACAUGCACAAACACAAUCAUGGGGCUGUAAUUAGCUCCACUUGCUGCCCUCACUUUGAAGUGCCCAUCUGUGUGGGGGGGGGGGGGGCCCAGUUCACCCUAGGUCAUUAUCUUCUCGUAAAUUUACUCUUUCACCUCAUCCUCUAGAGCCCCGCUCGGUCCUUUCUGCAGCUCAGGCCGCAGUAUUUUAAACUAGAAGAACAUUUUGUGGGUUUGGCCUGGGCCAAAGCAAAACUUGGACCCACCCGCUAAUUGCUAAUUACAAGCCCCUACCCAGUGGUGGCUUGACUUUUUGUCAGGGGCUUCUCUCCUCGCUUUCUGUGGAAGGAUCCCUGCAACCCAAGCCGGGCCUGUGCUUUGAGCUGCAGCCUAUAGGUCCCCUGAGGAACUCCAGAGAUCCACGGCUCGCAUGACUCACAGUGCGGCUGCAUGGCUGCCAUACACAUUAAGUAGACUUAUACAUGGCAACUUGGCUGUUUUUAUAACCCAAUAUAACCAUGUUCUGACUUGUCUUCUCUGCAAAGACAAAGCUUCAAUUUCAGAUCUUGGAUGUCAAAUCGGGGCUUUUAUUUUGUUUCAAUAGCACUUUAUGAUCACAAGUUCCCCAUGGUUUCAAAGACAAACUCUUGAUUUAUGAGCCUGUUAAUGCUGCAAAAACCUCUCUCAGAGUCUUACGCGGCAGACAGGUAGUGAAUGGCGAUACUUCAGGUGGUGUUAGCUUUAGGAGCCAGCAGGGGCCCUCCAUUCCCCCCGACCUGUCAGUGAUUAGUCUGUGAAAUAAACAAAGCCUUAAAUAAUAGGAUGAGAGCUGCCCCGGGGAGAGGCUGGGGAGUUGUCUAGUCAUGUUGCUCACAAUUUAGGAGUCUUUUAGAACACUCCCCCGCCCCAUAAAUCCUCCUCAAGAGAUUAUCUGAUGUGAAGCCGGGGAUGUUCAGCAAAUCCAAAUAUUUUCCUGAGCAGGUUGUGGAUCAUUCUCUGUGAGUGUAGUAAUUCAUUUCCCACACAGCUUGAAAUCAUGUAUCAGAAACGCAUCAAUGGCAGCACUUGUCUCCACAGGCUGCAAAGUUUGGCUUCAGCAUGAACUUUUUUUGACCAUUUAUGGUUUAUUGUUCCUCCAAGCCACACGGAAAUCUGGUUGUUUUUGAUGUCGUCUUCUGAAGCUGAUAUCCAGGGCGUCCAUUUGAGUUGCCGUACCGAGUUCUUGAUUACAGACUCUCUGGAUGCGCUUUGAAAUCCAAAAGCUGGUCAACCCUGAAGUCUUUCAACAGAUAUUACCAAAAGGUCAGAGGCCAUGUCUGUGUUUGUGUUUUCUUUGUGUGUGUAUGUGUGCGUGUGUGUUUGUGUGUGGCUGUGUAUGUUUGCUCUCUGCUUUAGAACGGCAAGGCUUGAACGCUCUGACACCAUCCGCUGUAUAAAGACAUGUCAGCCCAAUGACGUCGCCUGUGUCCUGAACCCCACGCACUCAAUAUCCCACACCUUCAUUUCCCUGCCCACCUUCAGAGAGUUCACGAGGCCGGAGGGUAAGUCUUUUAUGUGCCUAUCAAUAGCCCUGCUGAAGAUUUGAAGGAAUUUAGCUGGGGACACAACCUACAAAUAUUUAUAAUUUAAUAUGUAUCAUUAUUCACUAACCAUCAUUUAAAGCAUCUGAUAAGUUGUGCACACAUUGUUGCUUUUUAGCUGGUUAUAGAAGAAAAUCUGGAAGGAAUGCAGACUAUCUUUUAAGAUAGCAUAUUGUUAAAUUUGAGUAAUGGUCAAACACAGCGCAACACCAAGUUAGACCCCUCCAAGAGAUUAAUUUUGCUGACCGCUUGCUUCUCUAGUUCCACCAACUUCAGCAAAGACCACACGAUAGCAAUACACAGUGGUGUAUGAUGCCACGUGUAAACCUUAACCAAAAAGCCACUCUAUAGCCUCAAAUAAUGCUCAGAACAGCAUCUAACUUCAUCAAAAGUACAUAUAGGGUCCCAGCCAAAGUACUAGCGAACAAACAUCUUUUUAGCUUUGCCUGAAUUCUUUAGCUAAGAGACCAAACACAACUCACCCACUCUCCUCCAGCAGCCGCUUGUUUGUGGGGGAGCCCUGAUGAGUUGAUCACCGAGCGUAGCGGAGUUUUGCAGCUCAAGGAAGAACAUUUAUGAUUAUUACUUCCCUUUAACCUUUCAUUAUGUCAGUCUGGGUCACCUGCAGAGUAGCUGUGCAUAAUUUGCAGCUCAAAAAACACCUUAUUUAUCUUUUACUGGUAGCUGUAAAAACUCUUAAUUUCAUUGUUUUUCAGCCACACUUUGUUUUGGCUGCUUUUGCACAAACAUAAAGUCAAACACAGCUUGUGGGUGUUACUUUUCACACAGCUUUGUAAUUACAAAACGACUUAAAAGUUGUUGCAGCCGUUGAUGUCUGGAAAACAUAAGAGGUAAUAAAGAAGAAAAAAACUGCUGUGGCUGUCGCUUGAAAUCAAACAAACAUGAUUUUCUGAGACAUACUCAAGAAAACGCAGAACUGAGGAAAAAGCCAUGUGAAAUGGAGUUUUGUGCUUUUAUUUUGAAGUAUUUACCACUACCUGCGUAAAUAUCAGAUCUGAAUAAACAAGCAGUUAAAAGAACAGUUAAAGAGUACGAAUGUAGGAUUAAUUUGUGAGCUCAAGGUGCACAAGUUCUGACGUUGUUUUUGGAUUCACAGCAAGUCUGUAAAUUUCUGCUUUUAAAAGUUUCUUGUCAUCCCUGAGAGUUUAAUACGAGCUCCUACAAGCUAGCCUGCUAGUCACUGCUGCUUCUCCUUCAACUCACCUCCAUUAUAUGAUGUGUUACGACCAGUUUACCACUACAACAAACUCACUGUAUUGCCUGGGACAGCCCUUGUUUCUUUGAUGCCCUAAAAAUGAAAUAAAUACAACUUAACCAGUUGGAUAAACUCCCAAAAUAAAUACUCUGGAUUCAACAAACAACAGAGCUGUGUUUUUAUUUUUAUUUUUUUAAGAUCAAUCUAAUCUUCCACUCCUUUUUUUCUCUUAAGCUCCACUUUAUAUCUCUUAAUCUCAAAGCUCCCAUCAAAUGAAUUUCCAUGCGGUUGUCCAAAUUCAUACAACUACCCCAGACCCCUAAUUUUGCCUUCCCAUGAUGUCCAAGUAUCCUGCUGCUUGGUAAUAAUAACUCAGGGGAAGUGACAGCUGACAAGAAUCUACUGGCUGGCAUGUUGCACAUGUUUCAGAGACGCUUAUUUUCAAAGUCACAGGGGGUUUAACUCUGCCAUGUCUCCUAGGCUCUGAGUCUUGGUGUAAAGAGACUGCUGAACAAUAAAAAAAACUGCUUUGUGACUCUUUUGAUUGACUGUUUUGGAAAGAAAAAAAGAAAAACAAAAGCAUGAGUUUGCCUUUACCAAGUGUUAAUUUGGUGCUUUUAAGGUUUUUUCUGUUUGUCAUCUUCCAACAGAGAUUGUCUUCCUGAGAACGACGGUGCCAGCGUACGGGAGCUAUCACUUAGGCAGCUACGACGUCAAGUUUGACAUCUUGGAGGGCAAUGUGGAGAACGCCUUCGACAUCCAAAAGCGGGUGGAGAAUGGAAUGUAUGUGGGUGAGUACGGAGAUUUGGCUUUGUUGUGGAGUCUGGAUUAAAAACAAGCUAGUGCAAACAUAAGCGACAUUAGCAACAAUUGAAGCGUUAACACGCAGCCCAGCAGGCUCCAAGUUUGAAGACUACUUUCUUUUGUUGGGGGGAGGAGGUAUGUAAUGUUUAUACUGUAUAAAUAUAUAUGGAUUUUUGUCUCAUUUUGAAAUAUCUGCUUUUUUUUUAGAGGGAGGGGGUCCUACUGGAUUCUCAUUUUGAAAUCCAUGUGUUUUUUAUUGCAAAUCAAACUCACAUGUGCACAUUGAGAGGGGACACAAUAAGCAGAAAAAUAUCCCCUGAGGAAUGUCUGGACGCCCUGACUAAAGUACAUCUGACACAGCCUGUUAUGGUCUGUGCAGUGUGGUGGCAUCAUGUAGCUGUCAUCGUCUUCAUGGGAGUUUCUGAGCGUCUAUGUCUCUGCAGCGUUGUCCUCUGAGUGGCUCUUAGAGACAGACGCGGGCUUGUUUCUGUCCCACCAAAUAUUUGGCAUGGAUUUUCACAGUCUUGCGGUCAGACAAAGCUCUGUUUAAUUCACUUAUCUAUGGCUGCGCAUAACUAGUGCUGAUCAUUACUCCUCGCAAUAACUCAUUGAAGCCUGAACCAGCGGGAAAAGAGGAGUGCGCUUGGGUAUUUGAACGCAUUUGUGCAUGGGUGAUUGCUUUUGACAAGCGUAAGCAUUCAUCAUUACUACCUGUUCAGCCCUGAGUGAGCUCAAACUUGUAGCAGCAGUUAGCAUCUCCAGUGGUGUGUAGCAACAACACAUGUUUGGGUGGAAUCUGGUGCUAACCUGUGGGCUGCACACGGGCGUAUUUUUUUCAAAAGCUCAUUUUGGUCCCCUGCAGUUUUAACCAUCUCAAAACAAUGUUACUUUACGAUAUAGCAAACCGAUACACGUCGGGCACUGGGACCAAACAGCUGAAAACUGGUUUCCCUCGGUUUUGGGGCCGCUUUUUGUGUGAUUGGCUAUCCCUGCUGUCAGUCAUUCCAUACCCGCUGGACGCAAUAUUUUUUUCUUGGAUAGUAGGGGAAGGUUUCGCCUCCUUUGCCUCUGAUUGGCAUGAAGGGUUCAUGGCUCUGAUUGGUUAUUCCUUGUGAAACGUCAUUGUCUUUCAGGUUAGGGUUAGGAGAUUCAGAAUUGCGAUAAUGUUCUGUAAUGUUCUGUUCGAUGUACAGAGCCAACAGCCCACGCUUGGCUUGAGCGUGUGAUGGUAUUUCCAGCUUUUCCAGGCGGGACCUUCUCCUACCACCUUACGAAAAAAUAUAGCCCGCCGGACUGGUGUUUUGCAAGUUACUCGUAGAGUCAGUCCAGGAACAUCGCCAUUUGCCGAUGCAAGUUUACAGGAGGGCGUCGUUCAUUUUCCCUCCGUGGCAUCAGAUUCAUCUGAGGUUUAAUUUACAUCCCUGUAUCGGGUUUGUACUUCCAUCCACCUGCUGGCCAUAUUGCUUUCUCUGUUACUGUUGUAUGCGAGAUGUGCUGUUUGCUAGGCUAUGUGUCUCAGCAGUACUCAACAGUACUCAAAUCACAUUUGUCCCCCCCCACCUUUGAAAUCAAAAUUUCGUGCACAUUUUUAGGAGCGCACAACAGAGCCUCAGUUUAGGGGAGAUAGGGGUAGUGAAGGGUGACAUACUGUUGGGUCUGUCUCACUGCUUUUUCAAAUGUGGUUUGGGAUGCAGGCAAAAUGGGGAGAUGACUUCUUCUUCUUCUCUUCUUAAUGGAUGGAGGGAUGGCCCAUUGGUAUGCACAUCUGUCUGUCAGGGAGAAGGAGAGAGUGUGACUGUCGUUGGCUUAGCCUGGAUUGUGGGCGCACGCAAGUGUUCGUCUCUUGUACACUUGUGCAGAAACAGAUGUUUUCUUGUCAAACGAAUCCAAAAUUCAGAUUUAAAAAAAAAAAGGGGAAAGUAGCAAUUACCACUUGGUUCCCUUUUAAAGAGCUUAUAAUUACAUUUUACUAUCUUAUAGUGGUUUGUUCGAGUUGGAAUAGCCUAUUUCUGCAGUGGAGAUAAGCCUUAUUCUGUAAUAUUUCAUCAACCCAGUGUGUCUGUGCUUGUGUGUACAGAGGAUUUCAGAGAAAUUCCCUGUUUAUAGUGGUGCUCGUUCGCAAGGGCAAGUAUGUAUUUGUGUGCAAAGAAUAACAUUCUAGAGAGAGAAAGACAAAGAGGGAAACUGAGAUUCAAUGAAAGAGGAAAGAGAGAGAGAGAGAAAAUAUGUGCAGAAGUAAUCCUGGGCGCUUUGCUUCAUGUGGUUAAAUGUAUUGUUCCAUUUCCCCACGCUAGGCCUCAGUGUCUCGCCGAGCAUUAGAGCACUUAAAACCAACGACCACAUGAAAGGCGUGUUUGUGAGGAGCCACUUCUCUCCCAAACCCGUUGGAUGGAUGCUUAUUGGAUGCAGCUCUUGCAUGUUAGCACCAGUUGCCCCAUCACAUAUCCAAAUUGGGGCCCUGCGCAGUGUUGCCUUUUAGUCACAGCCCGCUCGCCGUGAAGUGUGGCGACCACGGUGCGACGAAGGUCCUCUUGGUUUCACUUAAGGGCUUGUGCUGCUGGCGCUCUGGCCCGUGGAUGCUGCUGUUGCGUAACCAUUGUCUGAAGCUGGCUGACGUGUCAACUUAAGGAAGCUGAGUUUCCAGUAUCUCCAGUGUCUCUCCAACAGUGGUAUUACAGCUUGGUGGGACGUGAAGAGAAGCAGACAUCCAGGCUCCACUAAUGAACAAGUGCGUGAACUCGAGCAAACUUUGGCCAUUGUUUUUGGCCACUUUUUCUGUUUUUGAAAGGGACAAAAGAGGCAAUUAGGAAUCCCAGGAAUCUGUAGCUAACGUGAAAAAUUUAAUUUUAAAAGGUUUGACUGGCUGACGCUCGUCUCUGCUUCAAACCCCCCUGUGCUGAACACACAAACACAGAGCAUUCAUACAAUCGUGCACACAAAACCACUCACAUGUAAGGGAAGAGAACCACACCAGUCUCUUCUAACUCCUGGUCAUCUAUCAUUGACUUUCCCAGCACUGUCACAUCUGGGAGACAACCCUGACAGCCUGAUGCAUCUGUACAAACACAACCGACCCUCAGUGCUUGGAAAACAUGAUCAGACCCCAUCAAACACUCACAGAUUCCCAUGACAACAACGGUAGCGCACUGGUAACUACACAAACCGCCCUGCAGGUACAUAGACACCACAGUUAUCUUAAGACAACAUACGUGGCACAUCUUAACAUAUUUGGAAACACAAACAGAGGAGGUAUGCGUUACUCAUGCUGACGCUGUCAUCCACUUCUGAUUUGCGGCAGGUUGUUUGGAUUGAGCUGAUAAUGGGAUGAUUGAUUUUGGCAGUCAGCAGGUGGAUGGAUGAGUCCUCCCUUUGAAAACACUGGAGAGCAGUGUGGUCUCUGCUGGAAGCUCGGGUUAAAUCCGGGGCUGAGUCUCUCACCUCUGACAAAAUGCUGCUGCUUCUCCUGUUUGCUAACCUGUCAGCGACAUACAUCAUUCUGGGGAUCAAUAUUGUCUUUGAGCACUCCCAGUAAAAGUUUCAUGGGCUUAGUGUCGAUUUUUUUCCCUUUAUGUAACAACUUCAGCUUUGCUUUAACCAACAUAAAGUAUAGGAUUGUUACAGCUAUCUAAUCCCAUUUCUCCUCUGGUCACCAAGAAGAUGACCAGGUAGGAAAAACACUGCGCAAAUAAGGCAAAAUACCUGAGAACCUGAAUAUGUAAUGUGAGAUGUUGUUUUACUUUACCAGACUGAUUUGCUGACAGAGAUCUACUUGUCAGAUUUCAUUUUAAGGAUACAGAUUAUUGGCCAGAGAUUUUUUUUUUGGAUUUUUGGUGCCCCAAGAGUUCAGGUUUUGUGUUUUCCAAGCGUUACUAUCUAACUAUGUUCAUUUAUUUUGUUUGCCUGGAAGAAAACAGCAUUUCACUGACAAUGAUUAUUUUUUUUAUCAAUCCUAACAAAAAUGCAUCUGUACAUAUAGGUAGCAGUCAAGUCACUAAACCUUAAAGGGAUAUUCCGGUGUAAAAUUAAGUUAGGGUCAAACACACUGUAACACAGAGUUAGACACAUCGUCGAGAGAUGAAUGUUGCCAACCGCUUGCUUCUCUAGUUAUACCAACUUCAGCAAAGACCGCACGAUAGCAAUACACAGCGAUCUACGUCUCCACACACAAACCUCAACCAAAAAGCCACUCUAUAGCCACAAAUAAUGCUCAGAACAGCACCUAACUUCAUCAACAGUACAUACUGUAUAGUGUCCCAGCUAUAGUACUAGCCAUCACACAUCUUUUCAGCUUUGCCUGAUUUGUUUAGCAAAGAGACUAAACACAACUCACCCACUCUCCUUCAGCAGCCGCUUGUUUGUGAGGGAACCCCGACAAGUUGAUCACUGAGUGCAGAGGAUCGUUUCCAUUAAUCAAUAAUCAUCAUAAUAAUAAUUUUGCACUGCAGACGCGGUAGUUCUUCUGCCUUAGCGUCUUGGUCUGAUUGCAUUUCCAUGAAGAAAUGAUCUUAAAUGUUCUUCCUUGAGCUGUGAAACUCCAAUUGACUAAUAGGCUAACUUUUGCCAUUUACUUCAUCUUAAACAGAUGUGAGUUAAAGUCCGAGCUUGCCCCAGUCUUCCCCUUCAUGGUUGCACUUGUUUUUGCUUGUGUGAUAAAAUCAUCAAAAAUGGGACUCACAGAACCUCUGUUAAAGUCCAAGUCAAAGCCCGGGUCAUCAGUGCUUGAGUCCACGUUGCAUCUGACAGACUUGCGCUCAAGUCUCAGUAUCACACCUCGUGUCAAGUGUAUUUUAUGGCCAGCACAUUCACAUCCAGGUCUUGAUUUGACUUGUCUGAACUACAACUGGCUAGGGUGGAAGCCCUGAAAAAUUUUCACCAUUAUCCCCAACGACUGCUGCUUAUUAGGAAAAGAUGACUUAAAGUGAAAAAGUCAAAUUUACUAUAAAAUCAUGAGUCUACCAUGGAAUUCAACUGUCAGCAGUCAGCACAUUUUGAGUCAUCCAUUAACUGAAUGACUCCUCUUCAUGAGUAAUUUUUUGUCAAGAAGGACUCCAUGAAGAAAAAAUGUGCAAUGUAGUGUUUAUGUCUAUAUGACUGAAUAUCUUCUCCAUAUGCAUCGUCCUGGAGAAACUAAAUUUAAGACGCAGCAGCUACAUUCCUACCAUUUUUGAAAUGCAGGUGGAAAUAUGCCUGUGUGGUUUAAAUCCUGUGCAGAGUAUAAAUUCUUUUUGCAUGACCACGGGCACAGGGCUGGCAGCCAGUGCGGCAGACAGAAAGAUGAAUGCAGGAGGAAGUGGACAGUUUGUCUCUGUGCAGGUAGUCAUGGCCACAGAUGCUGGAGGAAUGUGAGCCGACUGUGUGAGACAUGACUUCUUCAGAGCCGGUGCAGCUUGCGCCUCUGGCUUGUGGCUGUGCCGCUGAGGAGCUGAAGACAGCGGUGGAGAUAAGCAGACAACUAGCACCUUCAGUUUGGAUGAAUCAUGACAUUGGAAGUGGCCGGCCCACCAGAGAGCGCCAAACCCACGAGGAAUCUUUGUCUGAAUGGAACAGCUAAUCAAAACAGGGUCCCCUCCUCCCAACAUCCCCACAGGCACACAAAUAACUUCCCCUCGGGUGGUCCCCCCCAUCAAUGCUCUGAUGAAGAGAUAGUGAUUCAGAUAUUUCACGCUCCCAGAGACAUACCACAGUCAAAAACACACUGGUAUGUUCACAUAAAGUUUAAUCUUGCAAUAAAACUGUCUCAAUAACUCAAGAGUUAUCUCCCUUGGUUUCGCUGAUCCAUUUAUCCUUCGCUGUCUGGCACUGUGAUUUUUAGAAUAUGUAACUUUGUUUAAGUAAUAGUUUAAAAUUAAUGAGGUUUGUUCAUGUUCCUACAUGCCAAAAGAGAUAGCAGAGUCCUUAAACAUCUCAGCCAGACACUUUCUGCCUCCUUCCAUUUAUAAUGUGGAGAAGUUGCAAAUGAAAACCCAGACUGGAGCUGCAAACGCAGCAGAUUUUCAUGUCAAAUCCACUCCAUUUAGUCAACAUUUUCAAGUGUAUUUUCUGCUCCUUGGUUAUGGGCUUUUGCUUUGAAAGGUCACUUGUAAUACAGCGCAAAGGUUGUGGUGAAGAUAAUAGUGCAUGUUAUGUCAUCUCAGCUGCACACGGGCCCACAACUGCUAAAACAGAAAAUCCAAGAAAAGAACCGACCGGUUCCCUACGGCUGCUUUUCAAUGAUGUCACUCGCCAGAUUGUGACGGUGUCCUACAAUGACCCGCUGGAAGGAUCUCAAACUAUGACUGGAUGUCAAUUGACCUUAAAAUUUCAUACGCUGGUUCUUCAAAGCAGGGUGGGCAUGUUUCCUGACCUCUGUUUGGAGUGGAUAGAGUCAUGUUUGGACAGCCUGACCUGACUGGAGUGGACAUCUCAUUCAAAUGACCAGUGACCAGUCAUAAAUACAAGACCUUAUCCCGGAGAGACCUGUAUGUGCAGUCUUUGAACUCACAAAAGGAUUAUAUUUCACUUUAGUGACGGGUUAUCUAAACUUAAUUUGGUUGCUAAUAGGGGAACAAGGGAGCUAGUGAGCAUUUCUCUGGCAUGUCUUUUCGCUUUUAUGGACUUUGUGUAGUAAAAGUUGAGGUUGUAAAAGUCACCCUUGAAGAAGAAGAAGAAGAAACAAGCUAUGUUCGUGUUUAUGCCAACAAUGCUCAGCAGAACAUUGGUGUUAUAGUUAGAUUCAAAACACAUCACAUUUUUAGCCGUAAUGAUGCUGCAGAAUGCCCUUCAGUACCCUCUUUGCAAAAGUGUAACUUUGUACACCACCUGGACACUUUCCAAUGGUUUCACUGUAGUGAGCAUGCAUAGCGCCACAACCAGUGUAUCAUUAUACAAUACUGUGGUGAGGCCGAUGCAUAUUUUUCAUUUGUCUCUGGUGUUAAACCCGUUCAUUUUGGAUCCUGUCAUACACUUCCUCGCUGAGUUGUAGAAACCAGAAAACCCCGAAAUUGUACUGUUUACAUGUAACCCUUCAAUAUUGCAGCCCCCGUGGCCAUGAAGGAUGACAAAUGCCUCCUGGCACUGGCCUCACUUUGUUUUGUGGCAGUGUCUCUGCUACUAGCAUGCAUUUAUUUAAGGCUAUUUUCUACUUAAGGGGCUACUUUAUGGUGCGGCGGAAUGUUUUUGGAGAGCGGACAGAUUGUACAGCUGUUUGUUUGAUGGUUUCUCUUCAGGCUCGCGCAGUCACAUUUGCAGAUACCUCAGCGAGAUGGAAAGACACCACAGACCUUUCAGGCUUAACAACUGGAGCUCCUGUGAGGGUACCUCAAGUCCCUGUGUUACGUGACCUUACAACCCAGUCACAGGGCAAAUUGUCAGUUACAAGGUUUGGGAAACUUCCUCGUGUUUAUUUAUAUGAAUUUCAGGUGGUAUGGUCACCAAUCAUGCUGGACCUGUUUUGUGGCUGUUGGCUUUUGGCCUCGAUGCGCGGAUGAAAAGUAAAAGAUGAGUUUGCGGUUGUGGUUUCACCUCAGGUUCACUGUGAGUAUGCAGAGGCCCAGCUGUUAGCUGAUGCUUUCCCCUCAUUGAGGACACAACUGAGCUUUUGAUGGAGAGCUAACGGAAACAGAGAGUCAUCAUGAACACACAUACCGACUUAAGUAUCAACCUCUUUUGUCCAGAGUUGAAUCAAAUGAGCCCACAUUGUAAUAACAUAAUUACCUUUUUUACCCUUCAAGGCUGAGUGGAAAAUAAGUAACACAAAGGCUGAAAGUUGAAUGAAAUUUGUCUCUACAUUUAAAGUGUUUCCUCCUGUGUCAAAGAAAUCUGUGUCCUGUGCAUUGGUGAUCUCUUCAUUUACAGUUUCAGUUCACCUUAGUCCUGCACAGUGCUUGUUUGCUUUGAUUAUUGUUUUUUUUUUUUUUUUUUUUUUGGUUGUUUUUUUUUUACAUUUGCUUACUGCAUGAUAUCUUUGUAACAUGUCCCUCCCACAUCCAGAGGAAAUCUGAAACACCUAUUUUUUGCUUCUAAUUUAGCACCCCUUGAUCUCAGAGUAGCUGAUCAGUAGAUAGAGCUUUAUAUGACUUUACCAAAACCAAAAAGACUUCAUGAUCAUUGUACCAGUGCCUCUAUCUGUUGGGAAAAUGAAUGCAUUCUUAAAGAGAGAGCAUUUACUGUCUUUUGUCUUCUAUGUUGUGCUAAAUGUAAACUCCAUGAUCUACAAGAUGAUCAUGAAAUUCAGAAUUAUUGUUAAGUCCUAUGAUAUGUUGUCCUCUGCUCCAUACAAAGACACAAUUCAGAGACAUUUUUUUAAAUAUCUUUUUGUAAAUGUGAUUUAAAAUCCAUCUUUUGACCACAUUUCACCAGUUAAUGCAAAUCUGCUUCUAUUACAAAGUUUGCCCCACAUUUACACACUUGUUAAUGACAGUUUUUAAGUUGCAUUUUUUAAUUGUUGCAUGUAAAAGUGUUUUGUUACAGCGCAUUAAGUCCCAUAAUGAAAUGGUAUGAUGAGAAAUGCUGAAACUGAUACCACAGAUUCACUGCGCACUGUUGUUUGCUGCCCCAAUGAUCAUGGAGAACAUUUAAAAAUGCUCCUAAACUUUGCAAUCCGUUAAAUUAAUGAAACAAUAUUGUAUUUUCAGACAUGUAGAUACUGUUACUGUCUUUAAGCACAUAAUGCAAAUGGUAAAAACUUCGGUACUGGCGGUCCAGAGUUGAUGUCACUUUGCGUUUAACCAAAUCUCAAAUGGAAAUCUCAGUUAGUACUCACUGAAAAGGCUAAGCCAAUAGUUCCAGGUCAGAUUGUCACAGUGUUACUUAAUUAGAACCACAACAGCUAAAUAAAACAUUAUGUCCUUCUCAAUGAGUGACUUGGGGAAUAUGUACGGGCGUGACUGGAAGGGCAUUUGACAGGAUUUCAGUUCUCAAACACAGUGUUUCUCUGUAUAUGUGCUAAUUUGACCACGAAAGAUUUACAAAACACUAAUUGACCUCAAACACAUUCCACAUAUUGCACUAUUUAGAUGUCCUCAAUACAUAUAAUACAAAAUUUGUGUUUAAGUUUUCAUUAUUUAUUUGUGUGGUGAGAUUGUUUUGCUUCUUUUCAUUAGAAAAAAAAAAAGCUAAAAUUUUCAGUGGAAAAACGUGCCCCUGGUUUACCCUCAUUAUAGCGUUUGGUCCUCGUUAGACGCAGACCACACUUCCUCCAAUUAAAAAAAGUCUUUAUAUGGACAGAAGCCCAUCUGUCUUUGAGGUGGUCCAUAUUGUGUUCAUAAUAUCUUACUCAUCCUCACUGUGUGCUCGCUCCACCCAGCGCUGAAGCUUUUUAAUGGACUCUCUUUGGUUUAAAUACAGGACAAAUCAUGAACCCCCUGAACUCCAUUUGAGUUUGCAUUGGUCAACUUAGUCAGUUGUGUGCAUUCUCAGUCGAUGUAUGUCUGCGAAUCAUUUUCUGACUCAAAAAUUAAUCUCUUUUUCCGUGCUGAUGGCUCUCUAAUAUUGCUGUUGUUAGGUUGAAGCAAAGGUCAGCCCCGUCUGAUGGUGCUGACGCUUCGGAAACAGUCAAAUCUCGGCUCCGCUCUCCUCCAUGUAGUGUCACCAUGCAACAGAGAACCAAACACCAAAACAAGGGGGCAACCCUGGUAGGAGCGGGCCCCAUUCAACGCUCGCCAUGUGCUUAUCACCAGCAUCUGCUGGAAUCCUUUGAGCGCCCACGGAUUCCACUCAGAGAGGGACGAGAGAGCAAAAGAAAGUGACAGAAAAUGAGAGAGUCGAGACAGCAGUUUGAGCUCCUAUUGCUGGCCGCUUCCUGAGUUCAAGAUGGAUUCCUGGAGGAAUGCCUCCAUAGCUGAAUCGCGUGACUGCGACUGCUCCCCUCCAUCAAACACAUGGGACUCAUUUACCCUUGUGGGCCGUAGUGAUGGUGCCACAAACACCAGGCCCCCUCUCAGGAAGGGAAGAGAGGGGAAGAGGAGAAGGAGGAGAAUAAGUGGGCGGAGGGGAUCUUCAAUCACACAAUGCCAGGGUCCCAAAGGAGGCAGCGGAUGGCGCACAAAGGAUCAUCAUUUGUCCUGUGGUGAACAACAACCCAAUUGGUUUUACUGCUUUGUUUCAAGUACCACAGAGAGGGGUGUUGAAACCCAGGCUGUGAUUUGUAGUCAUUUUAAUCCAUGUUGAGUCAUCAUACAAAAGACUUCGACACAUCACUGACUCAUUAAUAACUAAGAGGAACCAAAAGGACUUCUUCAUGAGAAAAGGACAGGAGACAGAUGAAGGUGUGAUCGGUGGACGGUGUAGGGAUUUCACUUGUCUGCCAGCAAAGAAAGGCUUGCUGACAGGCUGUAUAAACACAACUUUUUUUUUUUUCUUCCUGUAAUCUCAUGUUCACUUAAAAAGCGCACCCAAUGAAUUCCACGAACAUUCAGUCAUGCUCUGUCGCUGCAUGCUUAUGCUUCCAUCGGUUUUAGCAUGAUGGAGUCUCUUAUUCAUGCAGAUUGUUGAAAUGUGGUGGAAAAAUAAUAGGCAAAUUGAUAUUUACAUUAAAAUUCAUUUGCGUAAUACAAUGUUUCAGCAAGGCCCCAAGCUCUUAUGCUACCAAUUAAGACAGCUUAUAAAUAAAAGUGAAAUAUAUACAUUAUUUUAAAGAACUGUCAGAUGUACGUGAUACAAACAACUGAUAAAUGCAUUAAAAGUAUGUUUGGUGUAGAUGUCUUCAGACCAGAAUGUUGUUUUGAAGGACACUUUUCUGCUAAAAAUGUGAUUCAUCAAUGAUCAAAGCACAACAAACACAAUUCUAUUGGCCUCAGCUGUAUUGAGGUAGAAUUUUUAAUUCAUUACCAUCAGCACUUCGAACCAAAACCCCUCCCACUGUCUGUCACCAUUGAUGGGUUCAUGAGAAAACAUUUUAUGAGUUCUCUGAAAAAAAUAAAAACAUUCACAACAGCAUCAAAACUAAAAGAUAGAUUUGUGUUUGAUGAAAACCUGCAUUUAAGAUGGAUUAACACAUUAGAAUUCUGACAGGGUGAGCAGGACCUCCAUGUGAAGGGUAUGGGUGCAUAACCACCCAUUGAUUAUACAUGAUUUCACUGAUAACCUUAGCAAAAGCAUCACACCCAAAAUUUUGUAGUGAUUUAAAAAUGGUUGAUUUAGACAUCAUUUGAACCUCAAACAAGUUAAAAACUUUUCUUUUUUUUUUUAAAUAACCCACAUUAAACUGUAUUUUCCACAUUAGACUCAGUGGUAGUGGAGGUCCAAAAGCUCCCCAGUGUGCUCUCACAUCUGAAACCUGUAACCGUUAUUUACUAGACUUGCUUGAGACAAGAACUAACAUUUUUUACCACUAUAUAAGAAUGCCCAUAGAAACUAGCUUUAUAAUACAAUUUCAACAAGAGGGGACAUAAUGUGACCUCUCCAGGGAUCGCUAAGAUAUGACAUGUAUGAUGUCUGAUUUUUGGUACUAGUUGCCUUUAAUAUUAUUAUUUUUUUCUCCUCUCAGGAGUUGUUCGCCAGGUGAAGCCUCUGAUUGGUCCAGUAACCACAGUACUCAAACUGUCAAUGCGCAACCUGACAACCCAGGGUGACUCCGGCCAGAACAUCAUCAACGUUCAUGUCUUUGUCUCUGAGUUUUGGUUCUAAGGGGACCAAUACUAGACUUUAGUCUACACAUGUAUUGAGACAUAUGUUGUUUACACUGUCCACUUUGGUUUUGUUAUAUCAAUGCCUAGUACAGUGUCAAGGUUCCAGUGUUGUGUUUAAAUAUUUCUGACAGUAUAUGAAAUGAAAGGCUAUGGGCUGCGACAAAGCUAUGGGUGGUACGGAUGUUUUGACAAGCUCAGCUAGAACUGCAUUCAUGCAUUGCAUCUGGCAUAAUGGAGCUAAAUAUGGGAAGCUUUGUUUUAUAAAAAACAGAGGAUUCUAGGGCAUAUUUAAACUGAAAGUGCAUGCAUUUAGAAAGGAUAUGAUGAUACAAUUUUUUUUUGCAAUAUUCUUUUUUGACAUUAUAAGCCUUUAUUUUGUAGCAUUCACUUUUCCUUUCUCACUGUAUGCAUUAGAUUGAGUAUUUUUUCUAUGGAAUAAACACUAUUUUAUUUACUGAA